UGGGUCCGGAAAGCCAUGGAGCAUCUAGAUACUCUGAAUCAAAGUGGUGGCACGUUCGAGAAGCAAAUCGGAGUGAGUACGCCCAGGACCACUCUGGCCACCAGGGGAAUGGACACAUCUUUGGAUUCAGAGCCCAAAGCCACAGAGAAAAGCAGUAGCCAGGAGGCACAGAGGGCCUUGGGGACUUCCCCAGAGCUGCCACCGGGAGUGGCUGGUUCCUGGGGGACCACAUCCCUCUCCACCUCAAAGGCUCCAGAUGGAGGGCCUCCAGCAGGACCCAAGAGAACCGAGCUUUUAAACACGGCUGCUGCCACCACUGCCACGUCUUGGCAGAGUUCUACUGCCUACCAACCUGGGUCAGGCCUCUGGGCUGAGAGAAAGGCCUCUGAUGCCCCGUCCACCCAGGCCCCCUCCACCGAGACCCUCCCCACCCAGGCCCCCGCCACCCAGACCCUCCCCACCCAGGCCCCCUCCACCCAGACCCUCCCCACCCAGGCCCCCUCCACUCAGACCCUCCCCACCCAUACUUUCUCCACCGGGGUCCCCUCCACCCAGACCCCCAUCAUUUCACACACAGCCCAGGAGGACAACGUUGGACCUGAAGGCAAAUCUGUGUGGAUCAAGGGACAGAAUCCCAUGCCAGAGAACUCUCUAGGGCCCAAGGAGAUGGGUCCCCUUUCAGCUCACACAGAUGCUUUCCUGGGGCCGGGAAGCAUGCCCCAUGUCUCCAUGGUCCCUGUCUUCUCUGAUGGAGCCCCCAGCAGGGAGCCAGUGGCCUCAGGCAGCUGGGCGCCUAAGGCGGAGGAGCCCAUCCGUGCCACCGUGGACCCCCAGAAGCUAAGCGUCAUCAUCACUCCUGUCCCCGACUCCCAGGCAGCCACCCGGAGGCAGGCAGUGGGGCUGCUGGCCUUCCUUGGCCUCCUCUUCUGCCUGGGAGUGGCCAUGUUUGCCUACCAGAGUCUGCAGGGCUGCCCCCGCAAGGUGGUGGGGGACAUAGUGGAAGGGCUUCGCUACGUCCCCCAGAGAUGUGGCAGUAACUCGUAUGUCCUGGUGCCCGUGUGAGCUGCCCACCUGCCUGUGUCUAGUUGUUCAGCUCAGCUGCCUGGGGUUCCCCAUCCUCACCCCCACCCUCCCCCAGGGGCCUGGCCGGAGCUGGGAUGACCAGAGCAAGGAGGCGGGAUCCUCCAGGUGGGACUGCUCCCAAAUCCCAGGCAUACCCCAGGAGGCCACCCUUAACCAUUCCUGACCUCCUGGGGACAGAGGGGAUAGCCUCCACAUCUCACUCCAGGGUCCCAAGUCACAAAACUCUCCUCUGCUGCUGACUGGUUAGAAGUUCCCUUAAACACCGUCCCAGCUCGAGUGAACAAUUAUUUAUUGAACGCCCAGCCCCUCUGGUCCGUGUCCCCAUGUGGAACCACGGUCAUCUCAUCUCACGGAUGAGUCUCAGGCCAGGCCCCUUCCACCCGCUCCCUCAGACCCCAUCGUGUCUCUUCGUCCUGCUGCAGUCGCCAGUCACCCCGGCCACCUGCGGUGCUAUCUCCCCCGUCCCCUAUACAGAGCCCACGUCCCAGCCGGGGACCUGUUUUUCCUUGCAUGAGGCUAGUGCGGUGUUUUCUGGGACUGCUCUCAGCGAAGGCUCUGCCCUGAGUUAGGCAUUGCAGGAAGUGGG